AUGGCGGCGGCAGGCUGUGAGGCGCCGCGCUGCCUGGAGGACUCCUCGGACAGCGAGCCGGAGCACCGCGGCUCCCCGCACAAGCUCAUCCGCAAAGUGUCCACCUCGGGGCAGAUCCGCAGUAAGACGGUUCUGAAGGAGGGGCAGCUGAUGAAGCAGACCAACUCCUUCCAGCGCUGGAAGAGACGAUACUUCAAGCUCCGCGGGAGAACGCUGUACUACGCUCAGACGGCCAAGUCGAUCAUCUUUGACGAAGUGGAUCUGACGGACGCCAGUGUAGCCGAGUCCAGCACCAAGAACGUCAACAACAGCUUCACCAUCAUCACUCCCUGUCGGCGGCUGAUCCUCUGUGCGGAGAACAGGAAGGAGAUGGAGGAGUGGAUGGCAGCGCUGAAGAGCGUUCAGAACAGAGAACACUUUGAGUCCACUCAGUACAGUAUGGAUCAUUUCUCUGGGCUCCAUAACUGGUACGCCUGCUCGCACGCCCGGCCCACCUACUGCAACGUCUGCAGAGAGGCUCUGAGUGGAGUCACGUCACACGGCCUGUCCUGCGAAGUGUGUAAGUUUAAGGCCCAUAAACGUUGUGCAGUCAGAGCCACUAAUAACUGCAAAUGGACCACGCUGGCCUCCAUCGGCAAAGACAUCAUCGAGGAUGAGGAGGGGAUCUCUAUGCCCCAUCAGUGGUUGGAGGGGAAUCUCCCAGUGAGUGCGAAGUGUACGGUGUGUGAUAAGACGUGUGGCAGUGUGCUCAGACUGCAGGACUGGCGCUGCCUCUGGUGUAAAGCCAUGGUCCACGCGGCGUGUAAGGAUCAGCUAUCCAUGAAGUGUCCGCUGGGUCAGUGUAAAGUCUCUGUGAUCCCGCCCACCGCCCUCAACAGCAUCGACUCAGACGGGUUCUGGAAGGCGUCCUGCCCCCCCUCCUGUACCAGUCCUCUGCUGGUGUUUGUGAACAGUAAGAGUGGAGAUAAUCAGGGGGUGAAGUUUCUGCGCCGGUUUAAGCAGCUGCUGAAUCCAGCACAGGUGUUCGACCUGAUGAACGGGGGACCACACCUGGGUCUGCGUCUGUUUCAGAAGUUCGACACAUUCAGGAUUUUGGUGUGUGGUGGAGACGGCAGUGUGGGCUGGGUCCUCUCAGAGAUAGACGCUCUGACACUGCACAAACAGUGUCAGCUGGGUGUGCUGCCGUUGGGAACAGGGAAUGACCUGGCGCGGGUGCUGGGAUGGGGCGCGGCGUGCGACGACGACGCUCAGCUCCCUCAGAUCCUGGAGAAACUGGAGAGAGCCAGCACCAAGAUGCUGGACAGGUGGAGCAUCAUGGUAUAUGAGACCAAGUUUCCACGGCAACACUCCAGCUCCACGGUAACGGAGGACUGCAGUGAGGACUCAGAGGUGCAGCACAUUCUGACCUAUGAGGAUUCUGUUGCAGCUCAUCUGUCCAAAAUCCUCACCUCUGACCAGCACUCUGUGGUCAUCUCCUCUGCCAAGGUUCUGUGUGAGACGGUGAAGGACUUCGUAGCGAAAGUGGGCAGAGCGUACGAGAAAAACACUGAAAGCUCAGAGGAGUCAGAGACGAUGGCUAAAAAGUGUGGAGUCUUAAAGGAGAAGCUGGACUCGUUAUUAAAGACGCUGAGUGAAGAGGCUCAGGCCAGCAGUGUGAUCACAGCGCCCCCGCCCACCAUUGCCGAGGAGCAGGAGGAGGGGGAGGGUGUCUCACUGGCCCCGCCCACAGCUCAGCUCACAUCCCCACCCCCCACAGUGCCCUGCUCUCCCCGCCCCCCCGCCGCCAUCUUUAAACCCAGAGAGCAGCUCAUGCUCCGAGCAAACAGUCUGAAAAAAGCCAUCAGACAGAUCAUCGAGCACACGGAGAAAGCGGUGGACGAGCAGAACGCUCAGACUGAGGAAGUGUUUGCAGCUCUGGCUCCUGAGGAGGAGGACGAGGAUGAUGAAGAGGACAAAGUGUCUCUCAGGUCGGCCUACAGUGCCAGAGUGCGACACAUGAGGAGAGUUUCUAAAGCUCCCUGUGAGAAGCUCAUCAGUAAAGGAAGUCUGUCACUGGGCAGCUCUGCGUCACUUCCUGCUCAGACAGGAAGCAGGGAGAACAUGCUGAGUACCAAGAUUCUGUACCCGAGUCUGAAGGCUGGAAUGACCGGUUCUCUGUCCAGUAGUUCAGUAAUCAGCCGACUGCUGGUCAAUGCUGAUCCAUUCAGCUGUGACUUGGACAACUUUGACUGCUACACUGAGAAAUGCGUAAUGAAUAAUUAUUUUGGAAUCGGACUGGACGCCAAGAUUUCACUGGACUUCAACAACAAGAGAGAUGAACAUCCUGAAAAGUGCAGAAGCCGUACUAAGAACCUGAUGUGGUACGGAGUCCUGGGAACGAAAGAGCUGCUGCACAGAACCUACAAGAACCUGGAACAGAGAGUUCUGCUGGAGUGUGAUGGUCGGCCGAUUCCUCUUCCGAGUCUGCAGGGCAUCGCUGUGCUCAACAUUCCCAGUUACGCUGGAGGAACCAACUUCUGGGGUGGAACUAAAGAGGACGAUACGUUCGCUGCUCCGUCGUUUGAUGAUAAGAUUUUGGAGGUGGUGGCUGUGUUCGGCAGCAUGCAGAUGGCUGUAUCUCGUGUCAUAAACCUGCAGCAUCAUCGAAUAGCUCAGUGCCGUACGGUAAAGAUCACCAUCCUGGGGGACGAGGGCGUACCUGUACAGGUGGACGGAGAGGCGUGGAUUCAGCCUCCAGGAUACAUCAGGAUCGUCCACAAGAACCGCACACAGACACUCACCAGAGACAGGGCAUUUGAGAACACUCUAAAGUCGUGGGAAGAUAAGCAGAAGUGUGAUUUCCCACGGCCCGUAUCCCAGCAUGCCAUUCAGCCUGAGACCGUCUCCGAGGAGGAGACGACUCAGAUCAGCCUUUUCGGCCAAUCAGCAGGAGCGCUGAUACACAGCAUUAGGGAGGUCGCUCAGACUCACCCCAGUGUGGAGCAGGAGUUGGCGCAUGCGGUGAACGCGAGCUCCAAAGCCAUGGACAUGGUGUACGCCGACUCCAAAAACAACACGGGUCUGACGUGCAGUGUGGUGGUCCAGAUGGUCAGUAAUGUGAAGGCUCUCCACAGUGAAACUGAGCUGCUGCUAGCAGGCAAGAUGUGCCUGCAGCUGGACCCGCCGCAGCGAGAGCAGCUGGACAGCGCUUUAGCCUCUGUAGCUCUGCAGCUGCGCAGGCUGGCAGAAAUCAGCUGGCUCAGCGCGGUAAUCGAGCCGGCCGACGACGAGGGGAACCCAAUGGAUUUCUCCAAGCGGAGCCGGAGCGCUAAAUUCCGCCUUGUUCCCAAAUUUAAGAGGGACAAAAACAACAAGAAUAAGGAGAUGUUUGCCACCCUCAACCUGCCAGUGCAUCAGUGGGGUGUGGAGGAGGUGGCGGGAUGGCUGGAGCAGCUCUGUCUGUCCGAGUAUAAGGAGAUAUUCAUCGGUCAUGACGUGCGCGGGUCAGAGCUGCUGCACCUGGAGAGACGGGACCUUAAGGAUCUGGGCGUGACGAAGGUGGGCCACAUGAAGCGGAUCCUGCAGGGAAUCAGAGAUCUGAGCCGGAACAGCACGGCUAGCGAAGCCUAGCGUAGCCGGACGCCCACUCAGACCGGCCAGUCAGCUCACGGGGACCAGCUCGGCCUGGCCAAUCAGCUCACGGGGACCAGCUCGGCCUGACCAAUCAGCUCACAGGGACCAGCUCGGCCUGGCCAAUCAGCUCACAGGGACCAGCUCAAUAAUCUCAGCCAGAAAAUCUCCGUCAGAACUCAGCCAAUCAGCACAGUGCCUUCUGCUCGCACACCUGUGACAACACAGCCUUCAGGGGAAUCCUGCUCUACUGCCACACUGAUGGGGGGGGUUGGGAGUUGGGGGGGUUAAACAAAGGGCUCCCAGUGUUAUCAGAGGUGGAGCAGGACCAAACUGACCGAUCAGAAGAAAACGGAGAGAGAGAGUGACCUCUAGUGGCAGAGAGAAGAAACACAUGUUAGACAGAAGUUAAAGGUGGAACUCACUCACUGUGUUGUUUGUUUGUUUGGUUUUCUUUGGGGGGGGGGUCACACUGUUCUUUGAAGGCUGUUUUCGGCUGUGCGCACUCCUCAACAACAGCUUCAUAACUGUCAGCUAGCUGUGCAUAGAUAUUUUCGGGGGGCAGGCAGGCGCUCCUGGGGAAAAACCUCAUUUAGUUACCUGUAUGUCACAGCGAGUCUCAUCAAGAGAGACACUGUAAGCAUGUUUCAGGGAGUUUAUUCCCCACAGUGAAGCCAAAAAACACACUUUUGUUGCCCAAUCAGGGACUUGAACCCCCGUCGCCAGCGUAGAGGGGUGAAACGUUACCUACUAUACUACCUAACCGCACUGAACCUCUGAGUUUCAGCUCCGUUGAAGAGCUUUGUGGAGCGUAAAACUGAAACAGGGCUUUUUAAGUGAUCAGCACCCUUUACUGUUUAUAUCAUGUGGGGUUCAGAGUAGCUGAUCUGUCCAUCUGCUGUUGUACGUCCUUUUCUGUGCCUAAGAGAGAGACAGGAGACGAGGGCGUUUUCACACUCGUCAUGAAAGCUCGACCCGUUCUGGGCUGGUUUGGAGGGGGGCGCUCAUUAUUACUGGUUUGCUUUCACACACAAGAACUCAAUCCGAAUCGUUGAUCGAUCCACAUGUCACUGUUCUGCAUGCAGGUUGUCAGAAAUGUCGGCGCAGCUGCUUUUUGUUAUUCUGUUAUUUUCUUUGGAUACAAACACUGAAGUGGUGAAAAGCAGCGCCUUCUGUCCAAAACUACCCUUUUCCCACCAUCACAGAACUUGAAAAGGGGAAGUGAUGCGAUAAGUCGAACCAGUCACUUACAAAAUGAACCAAUCACGCGAGUAGGGUCUGUCUGCUGACAUGCACCGCCAGUCAAUUGAUGACGUCAGUGCCGCUCUGCCACGACAGGGUUUUUGUUGGUUUUAUGAGGAAAAACAGCAAAACACAAACUGCUGAGCAACAAGAGCUACACUGAACACAUAUUAACGUUGUUUUACUGAUAAUAAGGUAUUAAACAUGGAAACUUUCUCAAUAAAACCACGACGAUAAGACAGGAAUGUCACAGAGAGCAGGCGGAGCUGGAUCCGGAACAAAGCUCUAGUGUGAAAACGCCCUGAGGUUCUCUGCUGGAGAACGUGUUGCCCAGCAGUCUGACCGCAGGCUGUUAUACUGGGUAUUUCCCAGCUGCAUCCGCUAAGGUUCCUAUAUCAGGACCAGAGACCUUCUGCUGUAAACACGCACAACAACAGCUUAACUAGCAAACCAGAAGAAGCUAAACUAAACUAAGCUGCGCUUAUUUAUGAUUUAUUUGUGAUUUUGAUCUGUGAAGCUCUGCGGUCUCUAAUCUCUCCACACAGAAAACACAAAAACAGCCCUCAAAAACGCGUCUGUCCCUCAAAAAUGCGCCUGUCCCCGCAAAGAACGCGCCUGUCCCCGCAAAAACACGCCUGUCUCUCAAAAACACGCCUGUCCCCGCGAAAACAGCUGGAGCUCAGAGCGACGGGCCUCAGGAAACGUGAACACUGUGACCCCCUAGAGGGGAGUGAGGGGUGUGACAUCAGUGCCAUGAAACUAUUCUCUCAGCCAUUCAUUCUCACAAUCACUCUCUCACACUGUCUCUCUCUCUCUGUCACUCUCUCUCACAUGCGUCACGACAAUCAGUCAAUCAGUCGCAGCAGAAUCACUGACUGAUUAAAGUCCAGGUUUACCAGAUGAAACCCACAACAUAAUCUACCCUAAGUGUGUGUGUCUGUGUGUGUGUGUGUGUGUGUGUGUGUGUGUGUGUGUGUGUGUGGUCUUUUCUUUCUGAGCAGCUUCAGAAUGCCUUACUCAGUCCAGCUCACCGUAAUCUCAUAUCACCACUGACUGGCCCAUGUUAGCGUUGGGGUGUGUGUUAGUGUUGAGUUGUGUAGUAGUGUUGGGUUGCGAGUUAGUGUUGCACUGCAUGUUAGCACUGAGUUAUGUGUUAGCGUUGGGUUGCGUGUUAGUGAGUCCAUUUACGGCAAACAGACGCAGAUUAAAAUAUUUGAUUUAGUCGUUAAUUAAAUACCCUGUAAGGCCAGCUGUGGUUGUGAUCGUGUCUAAGAUCUAAUUAAACAUCCCUAAAAAAGCUGAUUGACUUAAAUCAACACACACCGUUUGAAUAAAGCAGGAUUAGCGGAUGGCUUAAGGUCAGCGUGUUGGUCAGAGUUCCUAAGACUGUAAUUAAGAAUCAUUAAAUCCUGAAUCAACACUCGAGCUGCGUGUACGUUAACAGUGUAACGCGAUGCAGUGACCGUGCCCCGCUGACCGAAGCCCUGUAGCUGCUGUGUCUCUAAUCUCUCCGUCCUCGUUUCUCCUCUGAAGCUGGUCAGACUGGAAAACACAUCCGAGAUCCUCAAAACAUUCCAUUCGUACUGAAGUCCUGCAGAGCGAAGAGGCCCUGCGGUCACUCUCAGUGUUACACGGUAACUGUUCAGUCCGGGUUAGGGUUGGUGCUGAGGUCUGGACUGAGGCUCAGGAUUACAGUCAGUAAACGCUGUACGGCCCACACAGCCGCCCUGAACCACACGUCUCUGCGCGUAUGUGUGUGUGAUUACUCAUAUCAUGUGGUCCUGGAGGCUGCCAGCGGUGUCCGUUCUGUCUGCCUGUUCAAUAUUUAUUACUAAGUUAUAACGGAAUAUACAUAUGCUGUUUGUCUUCUGUUCUGUGUACAUAGGCCGAGUCUAAGACUGUAAAUACGUUCUUAAUGUACAGUGGAACAAUCUGGAUUAAAAUAUGUUCUGUGUUAAACGUC